AUGCCGCUCCAUCUCAAUCUGAACAUCCAAACAGACCGAGCAUACAAGCUCGCAUCCCACAUCACCGAGACGGCCUCAAUGGCAAUCCUAACACUAGCCGGCUAUCUGAGCUCCUUCGUCCUCUCCUUCACCACCAUCCGUCUUAUCUUGGUCUUCAUUCUCCUCCCGCUCUACCUGUACAAGUUCCUUCUUUCGUUACUCCCAGCUACCAUCAAGAACUCUAUCCACCUCCUCGUUGGGCCAUCCGGCUGGUCCCGGCUGAUAAAGCACACCGAAACAUACCGCAACAAGUCAGAUACACUCGCGCAAGCACAGCUCGAUGGAUCAUACAGAUUCAAGCCAGAAGAGGUUUUCAGCAUCGCCAGAAACAGCCGCGGAUGGAUGGAAACGGCGCCGUGGGCCAACGAGACGGAGGAGUUUGAGGUCUGCGGUGCGAAAGUGAGGUAUAUUCACCUCCACGCAAGUUAUAGCUCGGUCCUGCAGGACGGAAAGAGAGAACAUCGCCCGAUCGUGUUCUUACAUGGGAAUCCGAGCUGGAGCUACGCAUGGCGAAAUGUCUUCCCCUCCCUGCUCAACCGCGGCCACGACGUCUACACAAUCGACUGGCUGGGCCACGGUCGAAGUGACAAGAUCCUCCAGCAAGAGGUCAUAACACCGGAGCUGCAUAUCCACACGCUGGUCAAGUUUUUUGAGGUCACAGGCUUGCGGAAUGCUAUUGUUGCAGCGCACGAUUGGGGCGGCUGCAUUGCUCUUUGUACUAUUCCGCGUCUCCCCGCAGAGACUGUUGACAAACUCUUCCUGCUCAACACUUUCUUCCCGCCCCGUCUGAGCGACUCGAGCCUACACUACCGCCUGCUGAACAGGAUCUGGUACUGCACUACCGGCCUGCUAGGCGGGUAUCUGCCCGAGUCGAUGAUCCACCGCAUCCUCGAGCCAUCGCUGUCCAAGGCAGACAUGCAUGCCUUCGCUGCACCCUACGCCGACGUUCCCCGGUCCGCAAAAUCAUCCAUCACCCGCUUCAGUCACUCAGUCCCUUCCCUCCCUCGCUUCGUCCUAUUCCAGCUCCGCCAAACCAGAGCCUGGAAAUUGAUCGAAGGCCUCACCGGACCCGCCAACUGGGACAGCUUAACCACGCAAGCUCGGCUGUCUGCGCAGGGUGACCAGGUCCGGAGAUAUUGGGGGGCUAAAGACGCCGUUGAUAAAGGAUGUGAGAUCGCGGUCGUCUUCGGGGACAAAGAUCCGCUUAUUCGAGACUACAAGGCCGUUCUUACGAGGGCAAUCCAUCCCGACCGCAUGGUCGCUUGGGCACCUAGGGGCAUGUGGAUAAUGAACGCGGGUCAUUUACCGAUGGAAGGCAAAGCGGGCGAGGUUGCCGGGUUGAUUGCGAGCUAUAUAGUCACUCUAUAUGGUAUGCGAUAUGCCCUGGCUGCCAUUCGUACUUGUGGUUUAUUCAUCUGA